AUGACUUCUCAGGGUGUCUCUAACGUCGGCUUCUCCGUAUCAACUAUAUCGUUAAGGAAACUUUUCUUCUUCUUUUGUUAACAGCUUUUUUGAGGCUGGACGGAUUGAGAAAAGGGAGAGCCAUCACUGGAAAUCCGCCGGCGAUGCCGUUGCCAGUGUCGGCUCCACUGGUCGACGACUCCCCAGAUACAGAAGUCUCCAGAACACUUCAGCAGCUUCUGGGCCAGAUAGGAGGGUGUGGUUCAUCUUUUUUCAAAUGUAACAUUCGAUCAAUUGAGAUGCAAGGUUUAUCCGUUGUUCAUCACUUCCUCUAUGGCGUUUUUGUGGACUUUAUGUGCAUUGAGUGCGAUUUCGCCGGCUUUCAUGGCUCCUGCUGGUCGUUGCGUCGAAAACUGCUCUUUUGUCACGAUACAAGACGAGGUGGGUUUUUUUUCUGUGAAAAAAAGUUUUAAUAGUAUGGAUUACAAACAGUUUCAGCUGGAAGUAAACGGAUCUUUCAUUGACCCAGCAGAACUUACAAGUUCGGUUUAUUUUUUCGGAAAUUUCCUGGUUGGCCACUUCUACGCUACGCUUGCCGACAAGUUUUCCUGAACCUUCUUCGCUGCUUGAUUGAAUAUCUACUUGCAGGUUUGGGCGUCGACCGGUGAUAGUAGGCUCUUUGCUGAGCACGGGAGUCGCAGGUGUGCUCGGGUCUCUGGCUCCAAGUUUUGAAUACCUCCUCUUGGCCCGAUUCUUCCAAGGCUCUUUCUUCACGGUUUGGUCCGCUCUCAGCCUCAGACGGUCUGAGUUGCAGCCUCUGACCAUGGUCAACUGGGUGCUGUGUGGAGAGUCGCUGCCCCGGAAGGCUCAUGGAGCCGCAUCGAUGGCUUUCGGCUCUUGUUGGGUGCUUGGCUACUGCAUCCUGGCUCCUCUCUCUUUGCUCUUCCCCACUUGGAGAAAACUGCAACUUGCCUCUUCGAUGCCCAACGUCUUCGUUGCCAUCUUCUUGUACUUGUUGGUUUCCCGAUUCUUCUACGCUACCAUGAACAUUUUUCAGUACUCUUCCUGAAAGUAUAACUUUCACUGCUCAAACCGAAAGUUGUGAGAAAGUAGAAAGAUGGAUAAGGAAGGUGACGGAUCAAAACUCUAUCUUUGAUAAAAAUGAAAAGUCUCCAGAACGAACAGUUGAACGGGCAGCGGCUGAACUACCAGUUGAGUAAGAUCAUGGAGAGUUCGAGAGGAGAAAACGAGAACAAAAGGACGGUGCGAGAGAUAGUGAGGGAGAUGGUCCACAACCAGAGGAUGGCGCUGCACACGUUGAUCGAAGCGUUCAUCUGGUGAGUAGACGACGUCAGCGACGAGGAAUGAGAGGUUGAAGACGUCUUGGCAGGAUGCUCGACUUCAUGCUCUACUGCGCGCUGUCGCUCACUUCAACAUCUCUAGAAGACGUCGAUCCCCUCGUCUCUUUCCUUUUCUCUGGAAUCGUCGAACUGCCUGCAUACUUGUUUCUUCCUCUUAUUCUCAAAUGGUUAGUCUUGAUACAGUAGCAAAAGUACUUCGGAAAAGUGAAGUCCAAUAUUUCGCUCGAUUAGGAAAAUCCUAUAACAGUUCUACAUUGAUUUUGAUAAAAGAAAAAAAUUUGGAAACAUAAUAAUUUCUGAUUCUUUAAAACUUUGAUUCAGUUGAAUUUUCAUAGUUUUUGAAUAUAUUUACAAGCCACUGACAAACGCACUUCAGUUUUAUCUUCUUUUCUGGUUAGUUAUAUAUGCGAAAGAUUUAGUCGUUAAUUGAUAUAGUCUGUUCAGAUUUUAAAUGUCAAGCAGCUGACUCCACCCUCAAGGCUACAAUAUCUUUCGCGUCAAUGUUUUAUCUACAUUUGACGAUGGCCCUUUAAUAAGGCUGCAUUUUUGACUUCUUUUUCUAUCUUUUAGAUCAAAAAAGAUCAAAGUUAGUCCCGUGCGAUAAAAAAUCGACGCGAAAAGGUACCGUCGCAGCAGGGGCGGAGUUAGCUGGUUGACAUUCAAAAUCUGAACAGACUAUAUCGCUCUUUUGAAAACGUGAUAAGGUUAUCAAUUCGUUUUAUCUCUGUUUCUCGAGACCAAUGACCCAAUGAUGAGCAAAGAAGACCAAAAAAGAUCAAAUGCAAGAUGAAUAAAGCGGUCAAGAGAUCAGAAGACUAAAAAUUUAAAAAUAGAAACGAAAAGCGGAUUAUGCGGGAAUUAUUCAGUCACCGUGUUUUUUGCAUUUCCAAUGUUGCAUUCAAAUUCUCGAUUUGGAUUUUGUGACUCAUCAUAAAGAAACGACCUUGAAAGUAUUCAAUUCAAUUUUUAAAAAAUGUAUUGUUUAUUCGAUUCAUCUCGUUUGAGGAUCAAGCUUAGAACGGCGGUGUCCUCUUUUCACGUACUCGGUUCGGCGGCUCUUGUCGCCAUGUUUUUCUUGCAACCAGGUAGGCUUUUGUAAGAGAGUAACACGCAAAAGAGCCGCAAAUAAUAGACGUGAGAGUUGAAAAACAUGCUCUGUGACUUUUUUAUUUUAUUUCUUUAAAUGUUUGUUCGGUUGUGAAAUCGAAUUUCACGAUAAACGUUAAAAAAUUGGAGUUGCAACUUGCAACUUUUCAAAAUUACAACCAAAAUAUAUGGGAGAAAAACAUCGAAUGAAACUAAAUGGAUAAAAGCUAGGAAGAUAGAAUAUGAGCCGUCAAAGAAGCUUUCACUUUUUUUGAAAACGUAUUAUGUCAUUAUUUUGUAGUUUUAGUUUUUGUAUAGUCAAUGUUUCCCGACUUGAAAGGCAAGGGGCGGGACGCGUAGCGUGUGCAUUCGCGGUUCUUGGCACGAGUUCAAUUCAAUUGCCGCCGACUAUUUAAAAAAAGCUCGGCAACCGCUCUUUUUUCAAUGUUUUCUACUAUUUUUUUGAUGCACACAUGAACUAAAUCAAUAAAUAAUUGACAAAGGAAUGAAAAAGAGCGAAAAAAACGGGCUUUUUCAAAGGGUCGAUGGUGGUUGAAUUGAACAUGUGCCAAGGACCGCGAACGCACUCCGGCCCCUGCCCCACCUCCCUCGCCUUUCAAGUCGGGAAACAUUGACUAAGUCAAAGUUUGAGUCGCGACUACAUUGAAAAAACAUCUUUAUCUGGCUUUCAAAAUAAUUAGAAAAUAAUUUUUUUUAUUAAAGUAAAUAUUUACAGUUUUUUUUUUCAAAUCAGUUCUCUUUCCAAAGUUCGAUUUUCUGAUAUUCUUUGUCUUGUCCAUCUUACUCUCUCGCUCUUACCUGUCUAUUAAGGGUCCGCGGUCUACCUGCCGGUGUGGCUGACGGCCAAGUUCGCGGCAUCCUGCUGCUACAUCAGCUGCUACGUCAGAGGCACCGACUUGUUUCCGGCGUUCUGCCGCACUUGCUGCCUGGGGGUUUGCGCCACCCUGUGCAAUAUCGGCGCCAUCUCCGCUCCAUACGUCUUCGCUUUGGUUUGUCUGUUCGUCGAACUCUUUCUCUGACCUCCGAACUUCCCAGGAUCAUUGGUACAGCAAUUCUCAGUUCCUUGUGAUGGCCUCAACGAGUCUUUUAUGCGUGGCUCUCGUGCAGUUACUUCCAUAA